AUGUGCAUCGGCUACCGCCCAACAAUCCGCCGGGGUACAGGAACCAGAAGCGGCACCCUACGUGAUGGUAUGCAAUCCACCUCCAACUCCACGCGUAAUGGAAGAGCGGCAGUACCAGAUCCAUCCCCAUCCGAGCCCUCUGUCCACAGUGACGAGGAAGACCUCGAAGAGGAGGACGAGGCCCUCGAAGAUGGUGAAGCCGUCGACGAUGAUGAAGAACUCGUCGACGACGAAGCUCCCGAAGAUGAAAAGGAUGAUGGAAGUGAGUCUCCCGCUGCCGCCGGCAAGAGAACUCGCAAAGCCGCUCCUCGUGCUGCCGCCACCAAGAGCAAGAAAGCGGCGCCUCAGAAAACCAAAAAGGCUCCCACAAAAAAAGCACCAAAGAAGGCACCACUGAAGACGAGCGCCAAGGGCACCCACACCUCCGGCCCCGAAAGGCGCAUCAAGACCGAGCCCGGCGCAUCCCCCGAGGUACAACUAGUUCCUACUGCUCCUGCGGAUCAGCAGACUCCCACCAUUGCUAAUCCAAGCACUGUCGACGCCGCUACCAACACGUUGCCCUUGUUGCCCCCCGCGGGCAUCACCGUGAUUGUAAUCGAUGGGCACGCCUUCGAGGUUCCCGCAGAUCCGGUGGCGUGCUUCCAUGCGGUCAGACAGCAGGUUAUUGCGUCGUAUCGUGCGAUCGCGGCACGGAACGGAACAGAGAGGGAUUUGGCUGUUGCGAUGGGGACUGGUGCGGCAGGCGGAGGAGGCGAGGUUUGUGUUGCUGGGAAGAUGAAGAGGGCAUCGGAGGGACCUGAGGGUGAGGAGGGGUGUCAGGUGAAGAGAUGGAAGGUGCAGGUGGGAUAUGGGGGCGAUGGGGGCAAUGUUGCGGGGGUGGAGGUGGUGCCGGUGGUGGUGCUGAUUUGGCUGGGGUUAGUUAUAUCUCAAAGAAGUAGCGCUCAAAGGUGUUCUCGUAGGAAGCCUUAG